AUGUUCCGCUCCAUCUUUUGCGAUCUCCGCACUUCUCUCACAUGUCGUUCGUAUAGUACAUAUAGUACAUUCAGACGACCUCUUUGUACAUUGGACCAGAAACUCCAUUCGGUGCCAUUCCUGAUCGCCAAUCGAUAUGGUCAGACCCAUUCACCGACGUCCAUCAGGUCGUUCAGCACUUCUGUUCCUUUACUUUCCCAGUCCGCUCCUCCCGCUGAACAUGGCGUCCCGCCUCGCCCCGAGCCCUUCUCCCCGGCUGAGAUCAACAAAAUUUUCGGAUCCCGAGCAAAAAUAUCUCCGGCGAUGGGCAACCGGGUCCUUGCCGUACUACACGGCAGACGUGUUGCCGGUACUCUCGACCUCGAUCUGCCCAAAGACAUAACUCGCUCCGUCCGCCUGUCCAGUCUCGAUGCUGCCCUUGAGUGGCUGCGCAAGAACUAUCCGCUUGAUGAAGAUGCUGCCAUUCUCGCUCGUAUCGAAAGAGAAGAACUCGAAGAGCAGCAGAAGCUCAUUCGACGGGCCGAGGAACUGGGACUGUACAAGCCUCAAUCUGGAACUUUCGGUGCUGAGCGCGGUGACUCGAACGACCCCUACGGCAAGAGUGUCCUGAAGGAAAUUCGGGAGCGAAAUGAGGCGCGACUUUUGGCGGAACAAGAGAGAAAGCGCAAGGAAUGGCUGGAGAAUGAGCACAAGGAACGAGAAGAACUGUUGCGCCAGGUCCAGCAGAAUACAGCUCUGCAAAAGUUCGAUGACUCUUCGGCAUUAGAGGUACGAGAACGCGCGGAUCCUGCACAGCGUCCUUUACUCGCCUGGAUUCAGAAGCACCACUUGCAAGCAACGGACUGGAAUAUGGAAGCGGCAGAAAUGAGCACGGCUCGUCGCAUUCUGCCAAGCCUCGCACUCACUCUUCUCGUCCUUGGCCUCAGCUAUGCCUUUGCCGCAAAUUAUGAAGCCCCAGCGAGAGCGGACCGCAUGUGGCCGGAUACACCCCCAGCAGCUGCCACUGCGUUCGCCAUCAUGGGUGCGAAUCUAGCCAUCUUCCUUCUUUGGAAGUUUCCGCCGGCGUGGCGAACCCUCAAUCGCUACUUUAUCAAUGUUGCUUUCAAGCCCCAUCCCUUGAGUAUUGUCGGAAAUGUCUUCAGUCACCAGCAGUUCAGACACCUAGCGAUGAACAUGCUCAUGUUGUGGUUUAUUGGAACGAAACUCCACGAUGAUAUAGGACGAGGCAAUUUCCUGGGUCUUUAUAUGGCUGCAGGCGCUUUUGGCUCCAUGAUAUCUCUGACAGGUCACGUCAUGAUGGGUCAAUUGAUGGUCACGUCUCUGGGAGCCAGUGGUGCGAUUUCCGGCAUCGUCGCGGCGUGGUGUCUGCUUCACAGCCAGGAGAGAUUCACCAUCUUCUUCCUCCCCCCUGAAUGGCAAGAGGUCAUAUCCGCCAAAGGAUGGGUCCUCCUGACUGGCUUCGUCGCCUUUGAAAUUUUCAAUCUCGUAUCCCCCUUCCGUGUUGUGAAGCUCGAUCACUUUGCCCAUCUCGGUGGAUAUCUAAUCGGCGCGGUAUGGGCCCUGGCGUGGAAUGGCGAACGAGAGAAGAAACGCCGGAAGGACAGGACCUGGUUUGAACGGGUUCUGUCUGGAUAG